AUGUCGUUCUCGUCAUCUGGGCCAGCCGCUGCUUCCGCUUCGAGCGACGACGACUUCCACCUCACGCAUGUGCUGCGCGCUCACACUUCCGACGUGCGCUGUGUGGCGACGACGCUCGAUCCGCUCUCUGGUCGUGAGGCGUUGCUGUCUGGGUCGCGCGACGAAACCGCCGUGCUGUGGUCGCGCGAGCAAUCCCCCAACGCAGCCUUCGACAAAGACGCAAGCUUCCACGGCCACCGAUUCUGCAGCGCGGUCGAGUUCAUCUCACCCAGCACCUCCGCUGGCCUUCCACGCGGUCAAGUCCUAACCGGCAGUCUUGACGCUCAGAUCCGGUGCUUCGAUCCGCUGCGCCCGGACAAACCGCUGCAGCUGCUCAGCGACCACUGGGACAACGUCGCGGUGCUCAAAGCGCACACCGCAGACGAGCCGGUAUUCAUCUCGGGCAGCUGGGACAAGACCGCACGCGUGUGGGUGUGGGACCGCACAGUCGCCAAGUGGGCGUGCAGGUGGGUGCUGCGCACCCACGAACAGGCGGUGUGGGGCGUCGAGAUCAUCGAGCCACCCACGGCCACGCAGUCGGGAAAGUACCUCACCGCUUCCGCCGAUCUGUUCAUAAGGCUGUUUCACGGCGACCAGCUUCAUACCGUCUAUGCCGGACACACGGACGUCGUACGCUCGCUUCUACUGCUGCCCCCACUUGCACCCACCGACGGUGCUGGCAGUGCAGACCCCGUGCUGUUUCCGGACGAGAGGCUGUUUGCGUCGUCGUCCAACGACGGUACGGUGCGCAUCUGGUCGCUCGACGCGCGCCGCAGUCCGACCCAGGGCAAUGGCGGCGACGCGGUGCGCGUGCUGCGCGGACACACCAGCCUCGUGUACAGCCUAGCCACGUACCAAGACGCAUCAGGAUCGCGACUGGUGAGUAGUGGUGAAGACGGCACGUUCCGCAUCUGGAAUCCCAUCUGCUCGCGAUUACUGCACACUAUCGCUGUGCCCGUAGUGUCGGUAUGGGCGGUAGCGGUGUUGCCCGCAUCGAACGAUAUCGUCGUCGGCUGCAGUGAUGGUCUGGUUCGCGUCUACUCUCGCCAGGCCGCGCGCGCCGAGGAGGACAGCAAGAUGCUCGGUGCGCCGCUGUCUGCGGGUGAAGCCGAGGCGGAAGCACAAAAAGCAGCCGAGGUGCAACGAACCCUGGCGACACGCAACACCGAGACGUCCGAGCAAAGCACGCAGGAUGGCACCCACGAUGCGGUGCUCCACAUCGACAUUGCCGACGACAAGCCGCCGCUACCACUUGCGGUCAGCCGCUCGCACAACUGGCUCCAAGUCGCCUCGGACUUUGUCGCGCUUCAUGCACUGCCGCACUCGUACAUCGAGCGCAUCGUCGAGUAUAUCCAGCUCGUCUUUCAAUAA